AUGUAUCCAGCAAAUCAUAAGACUAUUUUUGUGUUAGAUCAUACGCCAUAUUUUGGUAUAUCUACUGAGGCUCCUCUAGAAUUUGAUUUUCUAAAGAGUCGUGGUCAAAACUUGAUUCCUUUGGCACCUGUUUGUAAAUCAUUGUGGACUACCAGUGUAGAAGCUUCAUUAGAAUAUUGCAGGAUAGUGUGGGAUCUGUUUCCAACAGGAAAAUUGAUAAGGUUUGUUGUAACUGAUCGUGCAGCAUAUGUAUUAAACUCAUGGAGUCCAUCACAGCAAAAUUUAAAUCAUAUAAUGAAUGGCACAGCCAUUUUGGGAGUGCCAACAAAGGUACCAAAACCUGGAGAGGAUUAUUCGGUCAUACAUGGUUUAAGAGUAGCUAUCGAAACACUUAAUGAGUGUUCAGAGAUUCAGCAUGAGAAAAGAACAUCUUUAAAUGAUAAUGCUAGUAAACUUGUUAACAGAGGAAGGGUGAUAUGCAUCACUAGUGCAAGAGAUAAUAGCAAUAUGAAGAACUUGGAAAAUAUAUUUUUAAACGAAUUAGCUCAAGAAAAUAAAACUGCUUUAGCAUCAGACCAUUUAAUACCUGUAGAUUAUUGUCAUUUAGUUAUACUGAAUAUCUUUCCUAACAAUAUUGAAUCACAAGUUACUAGUCAAGGACCAAGAGAGGUUUCACCAUUGCUAACAGUAGAAGUACACUCCAUCAAGGCACCUGCUUUACAUUCAAAAUUAUCUCAUUUAAUUUUAUCUCAUUAUGAUUUGGCUAGUACAACAGUGACUGGUAUACCAAUGAAAGAAGAACAGAAUGCUAGUUCUUCCGCGAAUUAUGAUGUCGAGAUAUUUCAUUCUUCAGCUGCUCAUUCCGCAAUUUUAAAAGGAAACCCUCAAGAUUCAGCUUUAAUUAAGACAUUCAGGAGAUUCGAAGAAGGGUCAGAAUACGAAACAGUGACCUUAAAGUGGUGUACUCCACGAGGAUGCAGCGCAGCCGAAAUGCAAAACUGUACAGCUAUGCACAGAAUCACACCCGUAGAUGUAAAUAGUAGACCUUCGUCUUGUUUAAUCAAUUUUCUGCUGAAUGGUAGAUCGGUGAUGCUCGAAAUGGCCAGAAAAAGUGGAGGAAAGACUAUUUCUCAUUUACUUGCUGCGCAUGGCGGUGAAAUUUUUAUACACACAUUAUCUACAGCCAGAAGCGUAUUGGAGGAUCCACCUUCAAUUAGCGAAGGCUGUGGUGGUCGCGUUACUGACUAUAGGAUAACUGAUUUUGGAAGACUUAUGAGGAAUAAUGUACUGGUGCCUUUGAAACGAAGUACAAAUUGUAAUAGCGAAGGUCCAGCAGAGAAGAUGAGAUCCAGACUGGAAAGGCAUACAAAAUACUGGCCAAUUACUAUUUCUAGUACCCUUAUGUUUAACUUAAAACAGUUAAUAGACCCACUACCAGACUUAAUGGUAAAAGAAGAACUCACUGCAGAGGAGGUAGUACAAUGCAAGCAAGUGAUCUUCAGUUUGCUUCAGUUAGAAACAAAACACGAGGCGUUGCCUCUACCAAGCAUAGGUGGCGGUCGAGGUGGCAAAGGUGGUGUACGCAGAGAAGAACAUUACAGGCUUUUGUGGGGAGAGCUGGAAACAUUUCUAAAACACCAUGCUAACAAUUCCGCCACGCAUUCUGAAGUUCUGACCUGUCUUCUCGAAGUAAGAAGCAAGGACGAUAAAGACAAGGUCGAAUUGGACCAAGCUCUACGCGAAUUAGAUGGCUUUGGAAAAGAAGAUGGAACAGCUCGAGCCACCGUAAUAAGAGCGACAACCGAUUCACCCAUGUCACCACCGCCAAGCACAUCCAUAUCCUUGGGAAAACAAUUGCACAAAGCUAGUCUCUUCGCCUCUAAAAGUUUACUGGACGUUUGGCUGCAGCGAAGUGCGCCAAAAGAGAAAAAGCCAGACUUCCACGGUAGAGUGAACAGCGACGGUUCAAAAGCGAAGUUGUACCCGAACUUAAAAGAGCCCGGUCGAGAACCUCGCGAGCCCAUCCUAGAAGGUUAACGACUCGACUGACAAAGUUACCUAUCAAUAUUACUAACCUAUAAGCUUAAGGUACAGUCAAUUAGACUACAAACUGUGAACGACCCUUUUUUUAACAAUGACUACCACUACUACUACUACUACCAC